AUGGUACCGGCCGUCGAACAAGUCCUAAAACAAUUUCACGAAAGAUUCGGACGAUAUCCGAAUGUAGCCCAGUUUGACGAAGGGAAAGAAUUUUACAAUAACGGGGUCAAGGCAUUAUUAGACGACCACGAUAUUCAUUAUUUUUCGACGAUGAAACUCGGCGGUAAGAAAGCAGCGAUCGUUGAAAGAUUUAACAGGACGUUAAAAACAAGAAUGUGGAAAUAUUUUACGGAAAGUGGGUUUACGGAAAAGGAAAAGAAAUGGAUAGACGUCUUACCGAAUCUCGUAAAUUCCUACAAUCAUUCCAAACAUCGAACCAUCGGAAUGAAACCUGCAUACGUCAACGAAGAAAACAAGGACGAAGUCUGGACGAGAAUUUACGGUUAUCCGUUGAGUUAUUUUCCAAAACCAAAAUUUAAAGUGGGAGAUAACGUUCAUGCGAUUCCAGGUUAUAAGACUUUUAAAAAAGGAUACACGAAAAAUUUUUUCGAGGAAGCUUACGAAGUGACGGAAGUUUUUCGCGGUGAUCCGAACAUGUAUAAACUUAGAGAUCCCGACGACGAUAAAUAUAUUUUAGGACGAUAUUACGAACCAGAAUUAUCGUUAGAUUUAAGUGGUAAAUAAAAUGGAUAUCGAACUGAAUGACUUUGGACAACGCGAUGAUAAUUACGAGUGGGAUGAUUGGGAGGAAUCUAAUCUGGACAAUGACUUGUACGAAACAGGAUUAGAAGAUUUGGAUAGACAAGACGACGAAUUAUGGAUGAUGGAUUUUAAGGGAAACAAUGAGGACGAUACAUCUACAAAAAGAAAAAGAGAAAUUAAUUCCUUGUAUACGACCGGAUCGUACGUAAAUUUAAAAUCCGAGUACAUGAAAAAACUUUUCACGGAGGAUUAUAGAGUGAAUCCGAACGACGGUCCAAAUUCAAAAGAUCUAUUUUCACGAUUAAAUGUCGACGGAUACUGGCUGACGUUCGAUGAUGUUAAAGUUGCAUUUAUCGAUAGAAAUGGAAAUUAUCUCUUAUCGAAAAAUACAUCGAACGCACAGAGUCAACUGAAUUUUAGGACCGCAUUCGAAAAGGCGACGGAAGAACAUCGAAAAACAUUGAAUAGUAUCGUGGAAGAAGAAGUUCCGAACGGUGAGAACAUCGAUGCUAUUUCCGAGGAUGUUCGCGAUGAAAUACAUCGUGAAAAUAUCGACGACAACAUCGAAUUUAGCGACCGAGUUUUACAACUCCAUCGUGACGGAAAAUUUACCGAACAAGAAGCAAGAGAACUCAUUGGAAUUACCGUACCCAAAGGAGAACCCGAAGAAAAAAUAAAAUAUUUGAAAAUAGAACGCGAAAGACUUCGGCAGGAUUUACAGGCAGAAUCCGAUCCAUCGAAGAAAGAAAUUCUACGGGACGGAUUAACGAUCGUCGAACAAAAUAUCGACGACGCAAAAUUACAGAUGCGUCAAAAACCCGAAUCCGAAGAAGGCGUACACCGCGUUCGCGAGAAAGUCCGCGAGGAUAUACGGACGAGAUUUGAAAAAUUUAAAUCGUGGGCCAGGGAAAAUUUAGGAAUUUUGUCGGCCAUCGCCAUCUCCGUCGCGGGAAUUAUUACGACGGUCGUCGUCGCCGGAAAAAAGACGUUGGUUGGAACCGCGAAGGGAUUGGGAGAAGUGGGAAAAGCGUUGGCGAAAGUCGCGAAAGCCGCCUUACCCGUCUUCAUUCCGAUCCUGACUAUGUUGGCGACCAUCUUUAAAUGGGGUGCAAAAGGAUUGGAAUUUCUCGCGAAAAAUUUAUGGCUCGUCGCUAUUAUCAUCGCCACUAUCAUCUACGAAUACUUUAAGAAGAACAAAAAAUAA